CACUUUGUUUUUGCAUGGAGGACAGGGGUGUAUUCAUUAUGGAAACCGUUUAUCGUUUAAUAACCAAACGGAAGCAAACAGAGUAAAACGAGAGUUUCUUUUCAACAAAUUCGGGUACGUCCCUCCCCGUUUGCUUUCGUUUAAGAAACGUUUUGCAACCGAAUCGGCGUAAUGAAUACGCUCCAGUGUUAUCAAUGGAAAAUGGCGACCCGAGUCCUUCAGAGAUUUGGCAAUGGCCUGAAUCAGGCUAAAAACACGGCCCAGUCGACAGGACAGAUCUUCGUUUUAAGCAGGGGCUUGUCGGCAUCAAACCAUAGGAAUCGUGAAGAUAGCUGGUUCAAGUCACUAUUUGUGCGUAAAGUUGAUCCCAGAAAGGAUGCCCACUCCCACUUGCUUACCAAGAAUGAGGAAAGCAACCUCUACAAAAUCCAGUUCCAUAAUGUGAAACCAGAGUGCCUGGAUGCCUACAACCAGCUUUGUGAGGAGACCCUGCCAUCUAUCCAUAAUGAUAAGUACUAUCCCUGUGAGCUGGUGGGUACCUGGAACACCUGGUAUGGAGAGCAGGACCAGGCUGUCCAUAUGUGGCGGUAUAGAGGAGGUUACCCAGCUCUGACCGAGGUCAUGAGCAAACUCAGGCAGAACAAGGAGUUCAUGAAGUACCGGGAGGAGAGAGGAAAGAUGCUGUUGUCUCGUAGGAACCAACUGCUCCUGGAGUUCAGCUUCUGGAAUGAGCCCAUCCCCAGGAAGGGACCCAACAUCUACGAGCUCAGGUCCUACCAGCUCCGACCUGGCACCAUGAUUGAGUGGGGUAAUUACUGGGCCAGAGCUAUUGGCUACCGCCAGCACAACAGUGAGGCUGUGGGAGGGUUCUUCUCCCAAAUCGGAAACCUCUACAUGGUGCACCACCUCUGGGCUUACAAAGACCUUGAGGCCAGAGAAGCCACAAGGAACGCAGCUUGGCAACAUGAGGGUUGGGAUGAGGUUGUGUAUUAUACAGUUCCUCUCAUUCAGCACAUGGACUCUAGAAUCAUGAUCCCGAUGAAGGCUUCCCCACUGCAGUAACCUAUGAGAGAACAAAGAAGGCCGAACGCCAAGCCUCGCCGGCUUUUAAAUGUAACAAAAAGUCAAAAAUCUCACUGCCGUGGUCUCAACCUCUUCAUUAUUGUUGCCAACUAACUACCCCUUUGGUUUGUCUUUUACUUGACCCAUUUCUGACUUUGUACCAGCAAACAAUAUUUGGUACUUUAAAAACAUCACUGAGACACAGGAGGUUAAAGUAUCAUUGUAUCCCAUAUUGAGUCUGUGGGCUAAAACACUCUUUCCAUAAUUGGAAGAUCUGUAAGGCAAUGGCACAAGAGCUCACAACUGCUUUUUUGUUUUUGGGAGACAUGAUGGGAAAAAUUAGAAUAUUGAAACCUCCUGAUAGUGGUUGGG